CAUUUUUUUGUCUAUUACCCAAUUCCACAUCACCCUAGUGAGGUUAAGCAAAUUUAUUUGUAGCAUGUUUUCAAAAUAUUUUUGGUAUGUGUUGAGGAUGUAUUGUGAUGUCAAAGGGGGAAGGUUUUUUAUUGUGGGGUUGUUUUUAAUGGACGUUUUUAAGGUCAUACUCAAGGUUAGGGGAUGAUUUUUGAAGGUUUUAGGGGAUGUUUUUUUUGGAGGAUUGUUUAGGUGUAGUUUUCAAUGUCAUCUUAAAGCUUAGGGAAUGUUUUUAGUGGAUGUUUUUUAUGUUUGGGGAUGUUUACCGUGGAUGUAAUAUGAUGUUUUUAAUUUAUGUUUUCAAGGUCAUCCUCAAGGUUAGGGGAUGAUUUUUGAUGGUUUUAGGGGAAGUUUUUUGUGGAUUGUUUAGAUGUCUUUAGGUGAUGUUUUCAAGGUCAAAAUCUAUGGUUAGGGGAUGUUUUAAGGGAUGGUUUUCCAUGUUGUGUGUGUUAGGGUAUUUUUUCAAGUUUAUUAUUUUCAAAGUUAUUGGGGAGGAUAGUGUUUUGUAUAAUGAUUUUACAUUUAAACUUCAAGUUUACCGCACUAACGCUGAACGACGUCAGUAAAAUGAUGCCGAUCGAAGUCGACGUUGAUAGUAUCGUCUACGGGUUUUCCUCGCUGUCUGCGUAUAAGCCCGGAACGCCAUUUGAUGUCAACGUCACCGGCAAAUGUGUUCCGUGCCAAAACACUAAACUUCUGCAGGGGAUAUUUGGUGUGUCCCGGAAGAGUAAGUAUGAACGUUUAAUCGAGGUUAGGUUAGGUUUAUUAAUUUGUUUUAAUUUUAUAGCAUACUCUCACAUCGAGUUCACUCUGGGGGGCGAACCACCCAUUAGGGUAUUAAUUAGUAUUCAGACGGGACUUCGCUCCUCCGAAGUUAAUUCGGACACCUCGGAGGACGAGUUUGACAUGGAACAGGUCGUCCACUAUGACUACAGGAAGUAUUUCCUCGACACAGUUCUGGGCCCAGCUAUUCUCAAGUUGGGCUUAGACUGUCGUAGUAGGAGGAAGGGGGCCGGCAAUCCAUUCAGUAGUAAGUGGCACCUCCACCCCGCCGACUGGCCGGAGUUGGCAUUCGAGGUGGAGCGGUUGACCACCGAAGCCGGCACGUUUGGCAGUUUUUUAUUUUACAUUGCGCUCCAUUGCUUGCAGCUGCCACAAGAUGCUGCCCUGAACCUCAUUUCCCGGUAAAUUGACCCUUACCACGCCUCCAUCGUUGUUGUUCAAUGCCAUUUUGGUG